UGUGCGGUGUUGUUAGUGGCGGGCACGUCCUGCACUGCGGCAGAGGUGACGGCGGUGUUGUCGUACUGGCUGGAGUCUGGAACCCCGCGGAACAGGCUAUACAAGAGUGAGCACCACGCACGGCACCUCAGUGUAUGCACAGUGACCCGCUCAGUGAGACUGUCUGUAUCUGUGGGUGUGCCGCUUACUGACUCGGUGACAUCAACGCCCCGCCUCUCCCUAAGGAUUGUAACACAGCCCGUCCUGCGCGGUGCCCUGAGGAGCUGUCCCGGUUCUGGCAGGAGCAACACUCACAGGGGUCUCGGUAGCAGAGGCAGCACUCACUCACCAGCUAUCUUCUGUGCCGUCGUCGAGAGCAGGAUGAGGAGUCGAGACUGGACGCCGGCGAUGGAGGCUGUGGAGAUGAUGGUGAUGGUGGUGGCGGCGCUGGUGGCGGUGGCUGCUGGACAGAGUUCACUGGAGAAUGAGUUUGGCUGCCAUUGUAUGGAGUACUGGACUUGUAUCACCAGUGGUGGGAAUCCUUACAGUUACUGCGGCCUCAGCGCCUCCUCCGUAUGCUGCUUCGUGCCCCUCAACGCGAGUCCUAUAGGCAUCCUUCCCCUGCGGCGCCGUGACAAGUCCUGCGGCACGAAGGGCGCGGUAGGACGCAGGGAGGGACACGCUGAGAUGUCUGAGUGGCCCUGGCAUGCCGCCAUCUUGGAGCAGCCUCAGGACCUUUACGUGUGCGGCGCCUCCCUGCUGCACGAGUCCUGGGUCCUCACUGCCGCCCACUGUGUUGACGAUUAUCUAGAGUCAGAAGGUCGCCUGGAGGAAGUGCUGAAGGUGCGUCUGGGCGAGUUUGACGUGAGCACCACCGCCGAGCCACUCAAGCACGAGGAGUUUCCUGUCACCCGCGUCGUCAUCCACCCGCAGUUUGACAAUUCCACACUGGUGAACGACAUCGCCCUCCUGCAGCUCCAGAGGGCGGCACGGCGGAAGGCGAAUAUAGAUGCUGUGUGUAUGCCCAAGAAAGACGACUUCAAGGAGGGAUCCACGGCGAGGUGCUACGUGACGGGCUGGGGACGGCGGGACGAGGCGUCAGACCACAGCGUCGUCCUGAAGGAGAUCAAUGUGCCUCUCUGGAGCAACCCGUCCUGCCAGAAUGCUCUCCGGGAACAGUUCGGGCCGGCUUACUCCCUCCCCAGCACCGCCCUGUGUGCCGGGGCCGAGCGCGACGCUUGUGACGGCGACGGUGGAGGGCCGCUGGUGUGCGAGAAGGACCGCCACUGGUACCAAGUCGGUGUGGUGAGCUUCGGCAUCGGUUGCGGCAGGAGAAACGUGCCAGGGGUGUACACUCGCGUCCAGGCCUUCGAGCAGUGGAUCAAGGCGACUGUAGGAGUGCACCACCACCCUUAGAGAGUCUAGGUCACCGCAACCACCUCUGAUGACCUUCACUUCAAGUCGUCCCAGGUCAAUGCUGUUAUGUAGUUGACUUGGUCUGGCGGUGGGUGAUUGUGUGUGUGUGUGUGUGUGUGUGUGUGUGUGUGUGUGUGUGUGUGUGUGUGUGUGUGUGUGUGUGUGUGUGUGUGUGUGUGUGUGAUAAGCCUGAAUAGUGAAAGGAAGGUAUGAAAAGUGAAGGUGUAAAAGAAACUUUGCCGCCUUUAUGAUAUGAAGGGAAAGAAAAAAAAAUCCAUUAUUCAGUGGAGGUAACAGGUAGAAAGCCUCUCACACUCACCAGAAAGAGAGAGGGAGAGGGAGAGGGAGAGAAGCGAACACGUAGUAGAGGAAUCCUUUUUUUAUAUUCCAUCAUCUUUGUC